GGCAACUAUUACUCGAAACAAAGCAUGAGCCCAACCUCAAACACACCCAUGAAAGCAAAUCCCAUUUCUCUUGCAUCCCUGACCUUGGUGCGCGCCAACCGCGACCAGACUAUAGAUGCUGAGAGGCGUAGUUUUCACGAAUGGGGCCGCGGACUGUCACUCAGUCAAUACCUCAAGGUCCACGAAGACCUGAAUACUCAUACACAUGCCUCAGAAGGGAGACUGAGCGCCUGUCAUAUGCUGCGAUUAUUGCACCACGUCGUAGGCAUCAAAGAGGGACUCCCGGCGUUUCCAGUUGAAUGGGGUACGCCGCCAUCUCGCGAGGGCUUCGGCAACGGCAAAUUUUCCGUUUUAUACUCCGACAUCGGGCCCGACUUUUACGAAACCUGUGGUCCCUCAGCAUCAAGUCCGGGUUGGCUAGCUCAGAAUUCGAGCGAGGUUGUCUGGAAAGUAGAUAGAGUGAUGGAGAGCGCAAAGAGUUCAGCGCACCUGGUCGCAGAAGCAGAGCUAGAGAUCGUUCUUGCCAAAGACGCUGCUCUCAUUAAACAGGAAAUGGCGAUUGCAACAGUACCUUGCUGUUCAUUCACAGCGAACAAUGGUGUGAACGGGUACCACGUCCAGCGAACACUGAUGAGAGCUGAACGCAAGAAGUAUCCACGCCCAGACAUUUUUGGAGCCCUCCUUCCAGAGAAUGAUCGACAGCCACUGGCAUUCCUGACAUGGACACCCGGGGGUCCCACCCUCGCCAUCACUCGGUUUCGUGCCAAUUCGGAGUCGCUUCCCGCCCUACUUGGUGCAGCUAAGAAGAUGGCAACUAUAAAUGGCUCUCACAAAAUUGUGGCGUGGGCUGUCCCAGAGGGCCUGCAGGAAGCAUGCAAAGCAACAGGUGGAGUGAUACAGACAAGGAACGACCAUCUCCCCUGCAUCCAUGUAUACGACGUGCACAGGGAAAGGUUCGAGUGGAUCCACAACGAGAGGCCUUCUAACGCGCUCCAACUUAUCAAGCUCGCGACCAAGCCUCGCUUUGCAUUCUUACUCACCACUCAGGCCACCAUCUCCCACUCCACUCGGCACACCCAAAGGUCACCGUUCUAG